AUGCGCGCUGCGGUGCUCGCGCUCGCGCUCUGCGCGGCGCUCGUCAGCCCCGCGUUCGGGUUCUACCUCCCGGGCGUGGCGCCCCAGGACUACGCCAGGGAUGAUCUCAUCAACUUCAAGGUCAACUCCAUCCGCAGCGACAAGGCGCUGCCCAUGGAGUACUACAAGCUCCCUUACUGCCAGCCCGAUCACAUCGUCUCCUCCGCCGAGAACCUCGGCGAGGUGCUCCGCGGCGACCGCAUCUUCAACUCGCUCUACCAGAUCCAGAUGAGGCUGGACGAGCGCUGCAAGGUGGUCUGUCGCGUCAUCGCCCUCACCCCGCCGCAGGUCAAGACCAUCCACGAGGCGAUCGAGUACGAGUACCGCGUCAACAUGAUCCUCGACAACCUCCCAGCCGCGGAGGUUCGACAGCACCUGGACGAGACCGGCGCGCCCAUCAUCGACGAAACCACCGGCCAGCCCCGCAAGUACUACGAGCGAGGCUUCCCCGUGGGCGUCAAGGUGAGCGAAUCCGAGGACGGCCCGCACAGGUUUUACGUCAACAACCACGCCAGGUUCACCAUCCUGUACCAUCGCGACGCCGACACCGAUCUCGCCCGCAUCGUCGGGUUCGAGGUGGAGCCCGCGUCGGUGAGGCACGAGUACGACCGAUGGGACGACUCCGCGCCGAGGUUGAAGACGUGCGCGGGCAACGCGGACGAGCCCCACCCGCUCGGCGAGUCCCCGCAGAUCGUCGCCGCGGGCGAGGAGAUUGUCUUCACCUACGACGUGGUGUUCAAAUCCUCCCCCGUGCGCUGGGCGUCGAGGUGGGAUACCUACCUGCAGACCCAGGACAGGGAGAUUCACUGGUUCAGCGUGGUGAACAGCGCGAUGAUCUUGCUGUUCCUCAGCGGCAUGGUGGCGAUGAUCAUGAUCCGCACGCUUCGCAGGGACAUCACCCAGUACAACCAGCUGGAGACUGUCGAGGAGACUGCCGAGGAGACGGGGUGGAAGCUGGUUCACGGCGACGUGUUCAGGCCGCCGCCCGCGCCCGGCGCGCUGUCCGUGUGCAUCGGCACCGGAUCCCAGCUCCUCGGCAUGACCUUCGUGACGAUGAUCUUCGCGGUGCUCGGUUUCCUGUCCCCCGCCAACCGCGGCGGGCUGAUGACGGCGAUGCUCAUGCUCUUCGUCUUUAUGGGCGUCAUCAACGGUUACGUCACCGGUCGAAUGCUCCGAGGCUUCGCGCUGACGGACUGGCAGGGACACACGUUGAAGACGGCGCUGGCGUUCCCGUCCGUCGUCUUCGCCGUGGUGUUCGCGCUCAACCUGCUCGUCUGGGGCCGACGCAGCGCGGCUGCGGUUCCCUUUGGCACGCUGGUCGCGCUUCUCCUGCUCUGGGGCGCCAUCAACACUCCGCUCGUCUACGUGGGAUCUUACUUUGGAUUCAAGACGACGCCGCCGGAGACUCCCGUCAGGACGAACAAGAUUCCGAGGCAGGUUCCCCCGCAGCCCUGGUACAUGUCCCCUUGGUUCAGCGCUCUCGUCGGAGGCGUCCUCCCCUUUGGCGCGGUUUUCAUCGAGCUCUUCUUCAUCCUCACCUCGAUGUGGCUGCAUCAGACGUACUACAUCUUCGGCAUCCUCUUCCUCGUCUACCUCAUACUGGUCCUGACGUGCGCGGAGAUCACGAUCGUGCUGUGCUACUUCCAGCUGUGCGGCGAGGACUACAGGUGGUGGUGGCGAUCGUUCUUCACGUCCGGCUCGUCCGCCCUGUACGUGUUCAUGUACAGCGCAUUUUACUUUGCGACGAAAUUGGACAUCACGCGGACGGUGCCGACGGUGAUGUACUUUUGCUACAUGGGUCUGCUGAGCCUGGGCUUCCUGAUGAUCACCGGCACGGUGGGUUUCGUGUCGUGCCUCGGGUUCGUGCGCGCCAUCUACGGCUCCGUCAAGAUCGACUAACUGCUAGCGACGGACUAUGUAAUGUACGAGGGCACGGGAUAGUCAAUUUUUUCACACUGUGUGGCAGCACGUAAUAGAUGUAUUAAAGUUCGUGCUAUAGC